AUCAUGACGUGGUUUAUAAGAAACCAUUCUUGCGAGUCAAUGGUGGCUUUCAAGACUUUUUACUGCACUAUCCACAGUACUGUACUAAUCCGAACCACACUAUACCGGUAACGGACCAGGACGAUGAAUAUCGUUUGGACGACGUUGAAUAUCCUAACAUCAGCGAUAUCCGGAUGAAGGAUGAUAGCUUCGAGUCGCAGCCAGGACGACCAACGGUCGAUCGAAAUAGCAAAGCAGCAGCUCUACACACGUACAAGACGAGUCAAUCGAAGCCUAUAAAUGAAAUUUUACACGAACAGGAAAAGUUAAUUGAUAAAUCCAUUCAAAAUGAACAAGAACUAAUGACGACAGUGGACGAAUUGACGGAAAUUAAGGACAGAGAGAAAACGCGUCGCAGAUGAUCAGGAGAAGGAAGAGCUUAAUCGAACAGCUAUUGAACUUAAAUACAAAUUGAUGGAGCUGCAAAACAAGCAUAUGGAUAUAGAAAGCGAAAACAAUGAUCUGAAAGAGCAACUGCAUCAAUACAAAGAAAAAGAACGUUGGAAAGAAGAAGAAGGCGAGCGCAUAUCUGCACAGGAAGCUGCCCGUCUUGCUGAACUAGCUCAGCAAAGAUUGAUAAUCAAACAGAAGCAGGAAAAGAUGGCGCUCUUGGAGCGAGAACGCAACGAGAAAGAACGGCAAGCCAAGUUGAAGGAAGCGUACGAGAAGAAAAUGCAAAUGAAAGAAAACCUGGUCGAACGGAAGCAGACGAUUCCGCAGUUCGAUCGUGCCGCCAAACCGACCGGCGUACUGUCCGACUACAAUCACAACGUGCAGCGUGAAGUGCAACGGGAUUUUGCGCCCGUCUAUGGAUCGGUGGUAAGUACACGUUGCUCUUUCAUCCACUUGCGUCAUUCGUUAGCGUUAUCGAUUUGUCGUUGCUAAAUGGGUAGAAAGAAA